AUGGUGCAAAACAUGAAUCGGAAAAUGGCUGGGACGCAGACUCGGAUGAACCCGAGUAAAAGUUAUCGCAGAGUUGCGGUCGUCAAUAACGUAUACGGUGACAUACCUGAGCAAGCAAUUGAACUCAGCAACAAGAAAACCACGGGGAGGAACUCCGAGCCCAUGUGGGCCACGCUAGGGCAGCAAAACAGGAGACACGUCGCCUUUGAGAGGCCCAACGCGCGGCCAAGCCGCUACAAAAGGGUAGUUUACGCCUUCUCCUUUAUUCUUAGAUUGGUUCGCAUGAUGAUCGAGCCCGGAAGCCCCCCGGGAUGGAUCAGUCACGAAAGUCUCGACGGUCGUUGUGAGCUCACAUACGCUGGCGCUUCAUUCACUUGCUCACACGUAGAUCCAAUGGGUUAUCCCCCUCGAUCAACCGGAUUUUCAAACCGAUUUGCAUCUCAGAGCAUGCUGCGCGCUUAUUCAGUUUUUAAAGACCGCCACGACAACUCAUUCUUCAGAUGUGGAUGUCAUUUCAUCGGAAAGGCGGCGCGCAGAACAACGACCUUGCAGUGUCGUCAAGCCACCUUUACGUUACGUUUUAUGUUGCAGAAACUGGAUAUUUGGGACUCGCACAAUCCCCGCUCGGGUCAAGCUUCCAUUCCCAAUUCUAUGAACUUGGACUUCUUCCUCUUGCGAUAA